AUGGCUGUUACCAUCACCCCCCUACCCCAGCUCAAGCUCAAUACGGCCGGCAAGGACCCGGUAUCUAAAUGGAUGCCGCCACCGGAGACCAAGGAGGACCUCGAAUGGCAGGACUUGCGGGUCCUUGAUCUUGCUCUCCUGGAUGGUACGCCUGAGCAGCAGAAGCAGGUCGAGCAGACCUGCAAGGAUGCCCUCACCAACGAAGGGUUCUUACUAAUUAUCAAUCACGGUGUCGACGACGACACUAUGCAGCGUGUAUUCGACCUUGCCAACUGGAUCUGCAACGGCGAUGCGAUGACCGACGAGGACAAAAAGGAGUACGAGUGGGAUCGCGAGAAUGGCGACUGGAUGGGCUACAAGCCCCCCAGAGGCUGGGGCGAGAAAGGUCGGGAGGAUUACGAUCACAUUGAGGCAUACAACUUCUAUGGCGCUUGCUGGGAGAAGAACCGCCUACCACCCAGGAUUAGGCCUUAUGCCGAUGAGAUCCUAGCAUAUGCUGAUCACAUGCACAACCACGUAGGCCGUCGACUACUGCUCCUUCUCUCACGUAUUCUCGGCAUGUCUGAUGAGGCUCUAUGGGAGAAGAUCCCAGGAAAGAAUUCGGUUCUUCCACACUCAUCAUAUUGCCGCUUUCAGGUCUACCAUCCACUGAGGGAAGAGGACAGGGCGACGACUGAGAACAUCUUGCCGAACCACGGUGCCACCACUUUUCUGCCAAGUCAGCCCGUCAGCUGUCUGCAGAUUCUAGGCAAAGACCAGAAAUGGCGCUGGGUGCCGUACCGAAAGGGUGCACUUGUGUGCAACCUGGGAGACGUGAUGGAGAUCCUGUCGGGUGGAAUCUUGAAGGCAACGAGGCACAGAGUGUGUAAGCCGCCUGUCGAUCAACAAGCCUAUGAGCGUGUCUCGGUCUGCUCAUUCAACCACGCCGAUCAGGAAUUAGUCCUGGAACCACUUAAUGAUGCUCCGCUUAUCAAGCAAGUGGGACUACAGCCCGACUCAGAGGUAUAUGGUGCGUUUUGCAAAGCGACAGAUCGGGGUGAACAGAUACCUAAGUUUGGCGAGUGGAAGACGUUGCGUAACAAGAAUGCACAAGAACCUACAUCCAGGCUUGUUGUCAUUGAUGGUGUGCCACAUAAAGAGCACAUCGUAGGUGGUGUCAAAGUGUACCGCCAAGUCUAA